GUCGCAGACCCGGAGGGUCUUCAAGCCUCUACUAUUAAUGAAGCUAUCCAGGUUGAGGUUUACAUCUCCAAGCCAGCUCACUUGAGCGCACACCCCGGCCGCCCUGCCCGCAGCCUCUGUUGUCCGAACUGUUGGCUGAGCAGUGCCAGCCCGGCGCCAAGGCCAAGUCCUGCCUACAGGACAGUCGGAGGUCACGGCCGCGCCCGAGCUGCCAGCUGAUCAGGGAAAGGGUGCUCUGCUGUCCUCGUCCCCCACCCCUGCCUCAGCUUCCCUUCCUGAGCGUGGCAUGGUGCUGAGAAGUGAGUACCCUCGGGACCCCAGGGAAGCUUGCUUACAAGCCGCCUGGAGAACUGGGUCCCUCUGUCGGGAUCAAUCACCCUAAGUCUGCGUGAGGCAUCCGGGCUUAGGAGGAGCUGUGAAAGCCGCCUUUGUGCUGGGGAGAAUGAGCUGCAAGAAGACCAGGGGCCCUGGCCCGGGGGACCCCUCAGGCCUCGGAGCCUGAGAUCCACCCCAGAGGGAGGAUCCCAUCCUGGCCUCUGCCCAGGCCUGGUGCCCACCUCGUGCCAUGGGAGCAGCCCAAGGGAAGAAGAAAGAGUACUCUCCUCAGGCCAGAUUCCACCGAGAAAAUGAGAAGCGGAGACUGAACGGCUCCGCCUCCAUGUACUCGGAGAUCCAGAGGGAGCGUGCAGACAUCGGCGGCCUGAUGGCCCGGCCGGAGUACCGGGAGUGGAACCCGGAGCUCAUCAAACCCAAGAAGCUGCUGAACCCCGUGAAGGCCUCUCGGAGCCACCAGGAGCUGCACCGGGAGCUGCUCAUGAACCACAGGAGGUGGGGGACAGGCACGGCUAGCUGGGCCUGCAGAGCACCCUUCCUGGAAGGCAGGGGCCUCGGCGUGGACAGCAAGCCGGAGCUGCAGCGCGUCCUGGAGCACCGCCGUCGGAACCAGCUGAUCAAGAAGAAGAAGGAGGAGCUGGAGGCCAAGCGGCUGCAGUGCCCCUUCGAGCAGGAGCUGCUCAGACGACAGCAGAGGCUCAACCAGCUGGAAAAGCCCCCGGAAAAGGAAGAGGACCACGCCCCCGAGUUCAUGAAAGUGCGGGAGAACCUGCGGAGGAUCGCCACGCUGGCCAGCGAGGAGAGGGUGCUGUAGAGCCGGCUGCAGGGUCCCCCAGCCCAGCCUGGGCACCCCGUGAUGUUCCUGCUUCCGCCCGUAGAAGUGCGUCACCCCACACAGCCCGGCCCUCCUUGACUCUACCCUCUCAGCACCCACCCCUCUUGCCCCUACAGGAAGUGCCUGCCAGGCAGACGUUGGCCAAGGGCCUCUCCCCUGAAAGGACUUCUGAGCCCUGCAGUUUGCUUUCUGGCCAAGUAGCCCUCCUGCCCGGGCCUUCCGGAUGGAGGCUGGCUCUGCUCCCCUGAGGUCAUGGAGGGUUCCCCCGCAGCCAGGUGUGGGGCAUCUCCCUGUGCUUGAGAUCCACACAGGGAGGGGGGGCCUGGAAGUGGGCCGCGGGGGGUGGAGGCCACGAGCACUCACACAGACGGCUGGCUAGGGUUGCUCUUGCUAUCAGCUCCGUUGCCUCCUGUCCCCACCUGGUCAGGCCUGCACGUUCCACAAGUCUGGGCCAGUGCGUCUCAGACUGCACUGUGCAAACCGCCUGAGGAUCCUGCAGCUUCUGACUCAGUUGCUCUGGUGGGGGCGGGAGGACCUGCGCCUGCUUGUCUAAGCAGCUCCCAGGUGGCAGGGUGGCUGCUGGCUGGUAGAGGAGCCCCAGGAGCCCCCAGGGAUAACUGUUAGAAAUAGCACCCCUGAAGCCAACUCUGUCCCCACAAAACCCAAUGGCCUCUGCCCUGGGAUUCACACACCUAGCCUCCACCCUGCCUUUGUAGCCCCAGGGACUCCAGGCUUGAGUAGACUUUGCCCCACAAGUUAGGUGGGGUGGGGGAGGGCUGUCCUGUGAUUGUGCUUUCCCCACACGUGUGUGCAUGAUUGCCAACCUGUAUUUCCUACUGGAGUAGCCACAGUUAGGAUGCAACUCUGGCCAAAAAAUAAGACCCAACCCUCCCCUUGGUUCCUAGCUCCUAGGCCAGCUCCAGUGAAUUCGCCUAGUCUUCUCCCUCAAAAUUCCCUCUCUUGUGAAAUAGUCAGUGUUUGCCAAGGUGAGCUAUUCUGCCCCUGGGGAUGAGGGCGCUGGAACCACCAUGGGGGCUGCAAAAGCAGAUGCCUACACUUUGCACUGGAUGGUGGGCUGUGGCACAAACGUUUGGAGUUGCAAGGAGAGGCCUGAGAGUUGUUUUAUGUCUGAAAGGGGGCGGCUGGUUGAGUACGUUUGGGAAACUGUAUAUCUUAACCUUUUGCGCCUAUUCCAUUUUUAAAGCCUUGGAGAAUAAACCGGGCCUGUUUCUUUUCCCCUGAAGAACAAA